GUGGAAAUUCGGGUAUCGGAAAAGCUGCCGUAAUUGCUUAUGCCAAAGAAGGGGCUAAAGUAAUGAUUGCUGAUUUAUCAGAAAAAAUGGGUGAUGAUUUGGUAGAAGAAAUUGAAAAAACUGGCGGAGAAGCCUCGUUUAUAAGAGUCAAUGUGGCAGAUUAUGAUGAUGUAGAACGCAUGUUUUCUGAAACCGAACAUCGCAUCGGGAAUGUCGAUAUUAUUGUGAACUGUGCAGGAAUUUUAGGACCAAGAAUGCGUACUGAUAAAUAUACCAUGGAAGCAUUUGACAAAGUGAUUGAUGUCAAUGUAAAAGGUGUUUGGUAUUGCAUGAAAGUGGCUUUAAAGAGCUUUAUGGAGCGUAAAAAAGGCGUUAUCGUAAAUAUUGCCUCAAUUGCUGGCUCGGUUGGUAUGGCAGGGCAUAUUGCGUAUUCGGCAAGUAAACACGCCGUAUUAGGUCUUACCAAAACGGCUGCCAUUGAAUAUGCCAAACACGGUAUCAGAAUCAAUGCGGUUUGCCCCGGUUUUACACAAACAGCAAUGAUGGAAAUGGCAGAUGUAGAAGAUGCUUAUUUAGAUGCUUUGAUUCAGGCUACACCCAUGAAACGCUUCGGAAAUCCAGAAGAAAUUGCUACGGCAAUACUUUAUUUAUCUUCUGACGAAAGCUCAUUUAUGACAGGAGCAAGCAAAGGCAUUGGCGAAGCAAUUGCUCGUAUUUAUGCAGCUUAUGGUGCUAAAGUGGUAAUUAGUAGCAGAAAACAAGCCGAUUUAGAUGUUUUAGCUGCUGAAAUAAAAGCCGAAUAUGGUGCGGAGGUUUUGCCCAUAGCGGCUCAUGCGGGCGAUAUAGAACAACUCAAAAACCUUGUAGCUAAAACGCUUGAAGCAUUUGGCGGCAUUGAUAUUUUGGUCAAUAAUGCAGCUACAAAUCCUGUUUUUGGUCCUGUUUUAGAUUGUUCGGGCGAUGCUUUUGAUAAAAUUAUACAAGUGAAUGUGAAAGCCCCAUUUGAACUUUGCAAGAUUGUACAUCCAAUUAUGCAGGCUCGUGGAGGUGGAAGCAUUAUCAACAUUAGUAGUGUGGCAGGCUCAACGCCCGAUGCAGGAUUGGGUAUUUAUAGCGUUAGUAAAGCAUCUUUAAAUAUGCUUACCAAAGUUACUGCCAAAGAAUGGGGCAAAGACGGUAUUAGAGUUAAUGCAAUUUGCCCAGGUUUGAUAAAAACCAAGUUUAGCCAAGCUCUUUGGGAAAACGAAAAAAUGCUAAAUCAUUUCACCAAAAAUCUUCCGAUUGCUCGUAUGGGAAAUGUAGAAGAAAUUGCCCCAAUGGCAUUGUAUUUGGCUACACAAGCCUCAAAUUAUACAACU